AUGGAAGUGACAACUGACGGUGUUGAAGGACAAUUACAAAUCUCUUCAGCAGAGGCGUCGGAUAGUGGAGCUUAUUUCUGUCAAGCAAGUAAUUUAUAUGGAAGAGAUCAACAAUUAGUUCAACUUCUAGUUCAAGGUUCAUUAAAUAUAGCGAUGCUGGACAAUACAGGGAAAAUAUGUCGAUUCGAUUGGACUAAUUUUGCUAUUAACAUCGUGUUGAAAGAAAUUGGUCUUUACGUUUCAAAGGUUUUGCUUAGACUAACUUAUAUCUUACCUUCUACUUUAAACCUGAAGAUUCUUUCCCUCAACAUCAAUAGUUAUUCAGCUUACUUAGCUCAAUUUGAGUUAUUAGUCGCGGAAAUAAAGCCUUAUAUCAUCACGUUAUUUGAAACUUGGUUAAAUCCAGAUCUAAACAUCGUACUCGAAGACUACACUGUUGUUCGACGUGACCGAGGACUUAUCAAUGAUUCUGGUCGAUACAUCAGAGGUGGCGGUAUAGCCUGCUUUAUUCUUAAGUCGCUGAAAUCAUCUGUUCUUCUUUUAUCACCUAAUCACCAUAUCAACCAGCCAGAAUUUAUAUUUUCUGCCCUCCGGCCGGAAAGUGGCAACUUUCUGGCCGCUGCGCUAAACAAAGUUGUCACAUUCCGGCUACCCAAGGGGCCUCAUGUUCUCUUAGCGUCUAUAUAUAGGAGGCCUCAAGGUGAUUUACUGGACAGCUUCUUUACUGAAUUUAAUAAACUUUACUCUAACUACAGCAACAUCAUCAUUACGGGGGACCUAAAUUGCAAUCUUCUAAAAUGUGAACGAUCGUCUAAUCAUCUCAAGUCCUUCAUUACGGAGUCUGGAUUAUUUUGCGUGCCAUAUGGUCCUAUUUAUCACACCAAUGAUGUUGAUUCAUGGCUUGAUGUAAUUAUCGUGGAUAGUCAUGAUAAAAUCAACAAUUUUUCUAAGUCUCCCACUCCUAUCAUUGGUGGUCAUGACUAUCUUCUUUGUGAUUACAAGUUCCCUCAGCCAAAGUGUAAUGUAAGAUCUGUGAAGUUCAGAGACUUCAGAAACCAGCGACUUGACCUUCGUAACAAGGAUGUUGAUUCAUUGGAUCCCAGCGAAAUGGCUUCGUAUUUUAUUUCAUCCGUUACAAAUUCUCUGGAUGAUUUUGCUCCUUUUUCAGUACGUAAACUAAAUCGUCCGAAAAAUCCUUGGCUGACCAAUGAGCUUAAAUCAAAACUAAAAAAUCGACUGGUGACUAAUUUGCUGAGGCUGUUCAAAAAUUUAAGAAGAGAAUUAAAACUUGAACUUAAUACUGCACGGGAUGUUUACCUUAGAAAUGCUUUGACAGAUGAGGCUCCUGAAUCCAACAUCUGGAUUAAGUUGAAAAGGUUGGGUAUUGUUAAAUCCAGACAGACUUCCCCCCUUGAUCAUUUUGAUGCUGAGCAAUUGAACAAUUUCUAUGCAAGGACAUUAACCAAAUAUCUUGUACCAACGACUUUGUUACCAGCAUUCCGUUUCGAUGUCAUUCCAAGCUGGGCUAGGAUCGACAUUAUCGAUGUUACAAAAAGUCUUCACCUAUCGUUGGCGAAAUCAUCUGCCAGCAGUCCGGAUGGUUUGAAUCUCAUGUGGCUGAAAGAUCACUUUGCUCAGAUUUCCCUCUUCCUGACUGCUCUGUUUAACCGCUCGUCGGACCAGGCUAUUUUCCCUGAAGCCUGGAAGUCUAUCUUCAUGGUG